UCUCUCCCCCCCCUUCCUUCCCUCCCCCCUCCCCUCCGCCGCCGCCCAUGGCGGGCGCCGAGCCGAGCGCCGAGCGCUACGAGCAGCGGGAGCUUGCGGCGGCGGUGAAGUGGCUGCAGAAGCAGGGGGCGCGCGACGCAGAGGGGAGGCCGUGGACCGAGUGGCUGCAGUCCUUCCGGGAGCCGGGCGCUCCCGCCCCGCCGCUGGACCCGCGCAGGCAGAGCUCCGAGGUCCUCGAGGCCUUUGUCGGGGCGGUGCCGGCGGAGGCGCGCGCCAGCGCGAGGAGCCAGCUGAAGCGCGCCCGCCGAGGGCGGCUCGCCUUCGCGCGGCUGCAGCGGGCGCUGGGCCCGAGCGCGAAGGCCGCCGCGGACGUCAUAGGACUGGUGCAGCACACGCGCGCCCACAUGCGGUUCUGGGAGAACUACGCGGCGCUCCCCAGUCACGAGGACGGUUGGGUGGUGGCGCCCACGCCCCCGAGCAAGCCGAGCGGCGCCGCCGGCGAGCUGAAGCUGGUUGCCAUCGACUGCGAGAUGGUGGCCACGGCGGAGGACGACGGCGCCCUGGCGCGCGUGUGCGUGUGCGACGAGGAGGGGAAGAUGCUGCUCGACCGGCUGGUAAGGCCGGAGGCGGACCCCACCGACUUGCGCACCGAGAUUACGGGCAUCACCGCGGAGGAGCUGCGGGCGGUCAGCUACUCGCGCAGCGAUGCGCAGCGGGACGUGCUGCGGCUCAUGGGCCCGCUGACCGUCGUGGUCGGGCACACCCUGCACAAGGACCUCGCCGCCCUGCGGCUCGACGCGCUGCUGGUGCUGGACGUGGGCCUGCUCUACGGCCUGGAAGGCUUCCCCUCGCGGAUGCCGCCGCUGGCGCACCUGGUCGACCAGGUGCUGGGCCGCAGCGGAUUCCGUGGCGCUGACGGGCGUUCGGCCCACAACUGUGCCGACGACGUCGUGGCGACCAUGGAGCUCUGCAAGCAGCGCAUCAGGCAGUGCGUGGAGGACGCGAAGGUGCGGGCCAUCGUGUGGGUGCCCCCGCCGCAGGUGGGCGCGAACCUCGACGAGAAGGAGGCCCGGGAGCUCCUGGUGCACCGCCUGCCAGACCGGCCUGGCAUGGUCAUGGCGGUGAUGUCGAUGUUCGCCUCCGUGAAAGGCGCCACCGCCGACGUGGAGGGCGUGGACCUGCGCCCGGCGUCCGCGCGCGCCGCGGCGCAGGUCCUGCGGUCGGUGAGGGUGCUGUUCCGGACGCGGGAGGACGCAGAGCAGGCCUACGAGAUGCUCCCGGCCGUUUCCGAGGGCACCGACUCCGCGGGCCGGCCGCAGAAGCUCGUGAGCCUCGGCGGGCUCUUGCCAGAGGCCGCCGCAGAGGUCUACGUGCGGCUCCCCGCUCCAGCGGCGGCGGCCGCGGCGGCUGGCGGCGGCCAUCCAGGGCCCCCUAACGCUGUGGUGACCACGCCGCGUGGCAAGCCUGGCGCGCGGGCUGACGCGGCGGGCGUUCCCGCAGCAGCGGGUGCGGCCACCCGCUGGCGGGGCUGGAAGCGCUGCGCGGACGACGAGCUGCGCGCGGCGGGCGGCGAGCUGCCGUGGCGGCGGCUGCGCGACGCGCUGGUGGCGCGGAGCCGCGCCUCGUGCCCCGGGGCGGCCGCCCUGGACGAGGAGGAGCUGCGCCUCCGCGCGCUCGCCUGCCUGCCGGAGGGCUACCUCAGCAGCGACAGCGAGCUGGUGCGAGCGCCGAAGCGCCGGAAGGGCGCGCAGGCACAGUGAGCCGCGCCCGACCAAAGGCUGGUGGAGGAGAAAGGUUGCGCCGGGCGC